AACACUAGCAACAGCAGCAGGCACUUUUCAGCAGCUACUCCGUGCACGUGUGAGAUCCGAGAUCCGAUCCGAUUCCGUUCCGUUCCCCUCCGAGCCGUUGGUUGCACUUAUAUCCGCGAUUGCGAUUCCUGAGCGCAACACCUUUUUAUUUAUUUAUUAUUAACACCCAAAUUGCAGCCGCCGGAAUCAUGCCAUCCGAUGCCAAGAAGCGCGAUGCUCAGCGCAAGAAGGAUGCCCGCAACAAGAAGAUCCAACAGAUACCCUCUACGAAGAAGGCCACCAACGGCACCACCAACGGCCAGCCACUGGACCGCGAAAUGACCGAAGAGGAGAAGCUGUGCGCCAAGCUGGAGGAGGAGGCCAGGAUCAGUGCCGAGGCAAGAUCCUGUACCGGUUCGUUGGCAGUACAUCCCCGGUCCCGUGACGUUAAGAUAGCAAACUUUUCGAUCACGUUCUUUGGAUCGGAACUGCUGCAGGAUACCAUGCUGGAGCUGAACUGUGGCCGGCGUUACGGUCUGAUCGGACUCAACGGAUGCGGAAAAUCAUCGCUGCUGGCGGUGCUAGGUGGACGGGAGGUGCCCAUUCCGCCGCACAUCGAUAUCUUCCAUUUGACGCGCGAAAUUCCAGCCAGCUCGAAGAGCGCCCUCCAGUGCGUCAUGGAGGUGGACGAGGAGCGUAUCAAGCUGGAGAAACUGGCCGAGGAGCUGGCGAUGAGCGACGAGGAUGAUGCCCAGGAGCAGCUAAUCGAUAUCUAUGAGCGAUUGGAUGACAUGUCCGCCGAUCAGGCCGAGGCCAAGGCGGCCCGCAUCCUCCACGGUCUCGGAUUCGACAAGGCCAUGCAACAGAAACAGGCCAAGGACUUUUCUGGUGGUUGGCGAAUGAGAAUCGCUCUCGCCCGUGCCCUUUUCGUGAAGCCGCACCUUCUGCUCCUCGACGAACCGACCAACCACUUGGAUCUGGACGCCUGCGUCUGGCUGGAGGAGGAGCUGAAGACAUACAAGCGCAUCCUAGUGCUCAUCUCGCACUCGCAGGACUUUCUCAACGGCGUCUGCACGAACAUCAUCCACCUGACGGGCAAACGACUCAAGUACUACACCGGCAACUACGAGGCGUUCGUCCGCACCCGCAUGGAGCUGCUGGAGAACCAGAUGAAGCAGUACAACUGGGAGCAGGAUCAGAUCGCUCACAUGAAGAAUUACAUUGCCCGGUUCGGUCACGGUUCGGCUAAGCUGGCGCGGCAGGCGCAGUCCAAGGAGAAGACGCUGGCCAAAAUGGUGGCCCAGGGACUCACCGAGAAGGUCACCGACGACAAGGUCCUCAACUUCUACUUCCCCUCCUGCGGCAAAGUGCCGCCGCCAGUUAUCAUGGUGCAGAACGUUAACUUUCGAUACAACGAUGAAACGCCUUGGAUCUACAAGAAUCUGGAGUUCGGUAUCGAUCUGGAUACACGUCUGGCCCUGGUGGGGCCGAACGGUGCCGGCAAGUCGACGCUGCUGAAGCUCCUGUACGGUGAUCUGGUGCCCACGUCCGGAAUGAUACGCAAGAACUCGCAUCUGCGCAUCGCCCGCUACCAUCAGCACUUGCACGAGCUGCUCGAUCUGGACGCCAGUCCGCUGGAGUACAUGAUGCGCGCCUUCCCCGACGUCAAGGAGAAGGAGGAGAUGCGCAAGAUCAUCGGCCGGUAUGGCCUAACGGGUCGGCAGCAGGUCUGCCCCAUUCGCCAGCUCUCCGACGGCCAGCGUUGUCGUGUCGUGUUCGCCUGGCUGGCCUGGCAGGUGCCACAUCUCCUCCUGCUGGACGAACCUACCAAUCACUUGGACAUGGAGACUAUCGAUGCCCUGGCCGAUGCGAUCAACGAUUUUGAUGGCGGCAUGGUUCUAGUUAGUCACGAUUUCCGUUUAAUUAAUCAGGUGGCUGAGGAGAUCUGGGUGUGUGAGAAGGAGACUGUCACCAAGUGGAAGGGCGGCAUUCUCACCUACAAGGAUCAUCUGAAGAGCAAGAUCGUGUCCGAGAACGAGAAGAAGGCCAAGGCGGCAAAGUAGAGUAGAAGAGAGGCUUGGAAUGUUUAGUUACGUCGUAGAUACAUGUGAAUCCCAAACACUAUACACACACACACGCACCAUACACACAACAAGGAACACCCAUUCAGGCAUUCUAGACUUUUUCUCUUCAAUAAUGGAGGUCCUGGUCCCCCCGGGGCGGGGCUACAAUAUUGUGCGAAAUUAGAGUUGAGUUAACAAUCCUAUGGAGUCCUGUUGUAGGACAGGACUUAAGGACACACACUCCUCUCCAACACCAUCCAUCAACAACAACAACAACAGCAACAACUCCAACAACAAACACACUUAGUUGACAAGAACAACAAACACAAGAAUACACAAAUUUUAGCUGAAUUUUUUUCUUUUAUGUGUCGAAUUAAAAAAUAAAAUAAAAAUUAUAAAUAUAUAUAAAUAGUUAUCAAAAUGAAAUAUAAAAAAAAAAUAUCAAUAUAAAACAACAACAACAAACAAACAAACCAACAACAAACAACUACAAACUGCUUGUGAUCUUGCGCUUAUGUAAUUUUGUUUAAUUCUUCGCUAGGUUUCAUAAAAAAACAAAAACAAACAAAAACAUAUAUAUACGAUAUAAAAAAAUAUAUUAUUUUUUUUGUAAUUUAUUUACGCCUUAACUAUACACUAUAAUUAAUGAAAAAUAUACAUAUUAAACGAUUUAAACAACAAGUAUGUAAUUUAAAACCAAAAUCGAUUAUAUUUCAUAAAAAAAAAAAUAUAUAGAUCCGAUCCGUGA